AUGUCGGGUUGGGACACUAGUGGUGCAAAGACCGAUCAUUGGAACGAAGGUGGCGCAGCCACUGACGGUUGGAAUGCUGGAGGUGUCGCCGGCUCAGCUGCUUUCAACGAUGGUUUCGGAGGUACUGCCGACAACGGUUUCGGCGAGGCCACCCAAGCUUUCGAUACUGAAAAUGGCGGCACUGAGAAUCUAGGCGGUGGUGAUGGAGCUUGCCGCAACUGCGGUGAAGAGGGCCACUUUGCUCGUGAAUGUCCCCAGCCACGCAAGGGCGGUGGAGCCUGUUUCAACUGUGGUGAAGAAGGCCACAACAAAUCCAACUGCACUGCUCCCCGCAAGCCUAAUGGCCCAUGCCGUACCCGCGAGCAGGAAGGACAUUUCUCUGCUGCCUGCCCCAACCGCAAGUGCAAGAACUGUCUCCAGGAAGGACAUGAUGCUCAUGAGUGCAAGAAUGCGAAGAAGAUCAACGAUGACCAUGUUGCGAGCAAGUCUGAGGAUGAAGCUUGGGCCAUGCUUGAGCAAGCCAGUGAGGAACGAGAUAUUGGCGAUUUCAAGGAAGCGGUUCAAAUUCUGACCAAGGCUUCUCCGCGUUACACCUACUCUGGCCUUGAGAAAGAGUUUCGCAAGCGAGGUUUCAAGAUCUUCCUCAUUGCUAUGGAGAAAGACCAUGGUGAUACCUGGACCAACGUCAAUCUGCAAGGUGAAAUCGGCAUGAAGUUUGCAGUUAGCUACUUCACUUCCGAAAAACCUCAACGCCCAACCUUUCUCGCCAAAUGGCCCAAGGAUGCCGAUGACAACCUCUCUCGUCUUGAAGAUGCUGGUAUUCCUCUCGAUCGUGGUGUUGACAAGUGCAACAAUUGCGGUCAGAUUGGUCACAAGUCCCGUGCGUGUACCGAAGAACGUAUUGUCGCGGAGCAACCCAAGAUCUUCUGUCAUUUGUGCAACGAGGAAGGUCACCGUGUUCGCGACUGUACUCAGGAGCGUAAAUCAGGACGUGCGUGCAAGAUCUGUGAAUCAGAAGAGCAUCUCGCCAAGGAUUGCCCCAACCGUGAGAAGCAGGCUUGUCGACGAUGUGGCGAAGAAGGACACAUAAGCAAGGAUUGUACUCAAGAGCGAAAGAUUGAGUGUCACAACUGUGGUGGACAAGGUCACAUGUCAAAGGAUUGCAAUGAGCCCAGAAAGCCUGUUGAUUGGGCCAAAGUCGUUUGCUCCAACUGCAAGAAGACUGGCCACGGUCGCAAGCGCUGCCCUGAGUCUGAUGCCCAGGAAGCAAAUGGUGAUUUCGGCAAUUCCAACGGCGAGGUGAAUGGCGGUGGUGGCUGGGAGACUGGCAACCAGGCUGAAUCUUCUGGACCACCCGGUUGGGAACAGGACGCAACUCAUGCUCCAUCUGCUCCCCCAGUCGCUGCCGGUGCCGGUUGGUAG